CAGCCUCACGAAGAAGCACUUUACCCUUAGCGGAGACCCAGUGCCACAACGGAGAAGCAUCCAAAUACAAUCAAGCAGCGUGGCCCUAAUCGAACCCCUGUCUCAAAGUGAAGUCACGCCCCUUAUUUGGCUCCCCGGUAUCAUAAAGCUCAGCUCUCCGUCAUUAGUGGCCUCACACAGCGGAACGACAGUUACCCACUCAGCAUUCCCUCGGUAGCUGUGGCUUCUCAGUGGCCGCUCUCCUAAAUAAAACGAAGCUAAAAAUAUCCGCUCGCGGGCAGAGGCUGCAGAGCGCGGGGACGCGAGCGGAACCGGCGCGUGACGUAAAGGGGAGCACCUUAUAAACACACGGGAGAACCGACACGCGCAUCUGGCGCGCCCACCUGUCCUCGAGCUAGGCAGUGUCAGCGGCGCGUUUCGCGCGAGGAGCGGUAAAGGAACAGGUGGAGGCAGAAGUUCAUUCGGCGAAGAAGCCGCUUGCUGCGCAAUGUCACUCGGAUGUCAUUCUCGGUUCUUGAGCCCGGGGAUACGCGGGGCUCCACAAGUCAGCCUGACCCGAAGCGGGCACGAGUAAAGCCUCUGUGGGGGUGACUUCUGGCACGAGUGGGCUUACCUGGUUCUCGACGCUCGCGGCUUGGCUGCUCUCUUCUACACGAAGUCCAUGUUGCCCGGCGCUUAGCAGCUGCCUUUGAUUUCUGUCACAUCACUUCAUUGCCUUUUUAUCUUAUAUGAUCAACAACAGUGUUGGAACAAAAAUGGAGAGUCUCAGUGAACUUCAGAACCCACUCCUAGACAAAAACAGUAAGCAUGUCAAAGGUGACUAUUCCUAUCAAGGGGACUUUACUGGAAAUCAGUAUCAGGAGAAUAUUUUUAAUUAUUUUGUCAGUGGCUCUAAUAAAGCUAAGACUCAUCAGCUCCUGGAUGCCACAUCCCUGCAACUGGCAGUUGAAGCCUUCUAUCGGCCCAACUUUAUUUUGUACAAGGAUGACUCAAACAUUAAAAAUAAGGAUUAUAAGAGUGAAUGCUGUGAAACAACCUUUACAGAGAACAAGGACAGUGCCGCUGAAGGAACAGAAGAGCUCGAGUCAAAACUGCUGGACGCUGCUGAUAACGAUGGGAAAAUCCAUACAGUCUCUUACGAGGUGGAAGAAGAUGAAUACCAUGAGUUUGAGAGUGACUGCUCCAGUGACAGUGAAAGUGAAGACAACUUUAUCCGAGUGCCGCCACGAGAUCAUUUAGGCCUCGCCAUUUUUUCCAUGCUCUGCUGCUUUUGGCCACUUGGUAUUGCUGCCUUUUAUUUUUCACAAGGGACCAGUAAGGCAAUUACAAAGGGUGAUUUUCUCCUGGCAAGCUCUGCAUCUAGAAGAGCCCUUUUCCUGGCAGCUUUGUCAAUCACCAUUGGCACAGGAGUUUACGUUGGAGUUGUUGUAGCUCUCAUUGCCUAUUUGUCUAAAUCAGGACACGUAUAA